GAAAAGCCAUUCGAAUGCAAGGUGUGUCAUAAGGCCUUCUCUGUGGAAAGUUCUGUGAAGACACACAUGCGAAUCCACACGGGAGAAAAGCCUUUCGAGUGCAACGUUUGCAACAAGAAAUUCUCUCAAUCGGGACAUUUGCAGGCACACAUGCGAACCCACACAGCAGAAAAGCCAUACGAAUGCAGCGUGUGCCAGAAAACGUUUCCUGGACCACAACGACUACGGAACCAUGUGAAAAUUCACAAAGGCGAGAGGCCAUAUGAAUGCAAUAAAUGUUUCCGUACCUUUUCUCGCGGUGAACAUUUGAAGAUACAUCUGCAAAGACACAAUGGUGAGAAGCCCUUUGAAUGUACAACGUGCGGACGGAACUUUUAUACAAUAUCCGAACUGCGGAUACAUCUGCGUAUCCACACUGGAGAGAAGCCCUAUAAAUGUGACCUCUGCAACAAAACGUUCACACAAACUUCCCAUUUACGAAUGCAUAAGCAAAGAGUUCACACUGGACUUAAACUUCUCCAGUGCAGCUUCUGCGACGGUCGGUUCCUUGACCCUGGCAGUCUGCGGGUGCACGUCCUAAGAGUCCACACAGGAGAGAAGCCAUUUGAAUGCACAGUGUGCGGACGGAAAUUUUGUGCAGCAGGUGACCUGCGGGUACAUCUGCGAACCCACACUGGGGAGAAACCAUACGAGUGCAGCUUAUGCCAAAGGAAGUUCUCUUUUUACCACAGUCUGAAGAGUCAUCUGGCAACACACAUGAGGGAAAAACCGCACAGAUGCACGGAGUGCCACAAGAACUUCAAGGGACCUGAAAAUUUGCUGGCUCAUUUGCGUACCCACAUAAGCCAGUAGACAUUAGAGUGGUUAAUAUGAAUGAAAAAGAAAUAAUUAACAUUAUAUUCUUACACUUAGAGGGAAACCCACUCGUAGCCUGCCUAGCGAACAGUUCUUCAAUUCUCUAAUUCUGAAAGCUAUGUUUCAAAAUGUGUCUGUGGAGCGCCCCUCUUUGCAAUAUUACAUUACUCUUAACAAAUAUAAACAGUGGUGUACUUUUUUCGUCAUGCUUGGUGUUUUUAAAUAUUGUCAUGAUGUAAUUAGUUUUUGUGUAUACGAGCAAUCUAUAAAUCCAAUAAACACAUACAACUUGA